CACAUGAACAGAGCUGAAGGAUGAAUCAAAACAGAUGAUAGUCUGUUUGUUAUAACAGGCAUCCUGAGUCAUAAUGACACAACAAGAAAUCAACUCAGCAAAAUGUAGCCAUAGAUGAAACAAACAACUCAAUUGAUACAGCCAACUAUCUGCACAGGAUGUGAUGAAACCGGAGGCUGACGGCAGCAUUCAGAGUUUGAACUACCCUUUAUCACUGAGAAGGAGUCAUAUAAGGAGAAGAAAUACAACAGCUGGAUUACAACCAAUGAAUUUAUGACAGAAUGGCCUCAGUGAACAUCUGAACUAUGGUCAACCUCUCACACCAAGGAGGAAUGGCUCUUAGUCUCAGACGUGACUUUAAAAGUGCUGCAGACCGGAUCUUUAAGUGCAGACUGUCGACUGGUUCAGACUCAGGCUGAGCAGUGAAGCAGUGAGUGAACAGUGAUUCCAGGCAGCUGAUAAACCUCUGAGGAGAGGAAAGACUUCCCACAUGGACUCUGAAGGUGCUAGCAGUGUGCAGUAUGAUCGCUGGAACGAGGACAACAUCAACUUGAACGUAGAGGCAUCACAGUCCACAGUGAUGAGGCUCUACAACAGAGUGUGUGUCGGCAGCACUGGAAUGGCAGUGAAGGUAGCAGGAGCUCUGGCUGCGCUGGUGUCCAUCUACAUCAUAGGAUACGUGACAGGAUACUACGUCCACAGGUGCUGAUGGUGGAGCCUCAUCCGGGGAAGACAAAAACCUGGACAUUGUAGAUAAAUUUAGGUUUAAAACAAACAAAACAAAACUCAUCAAAAAGAGCACACUCACAAUGAAGUGUUUUUUCUGCCGAUUUCAGCAGUGACUGGUUUAAUAUGGGCAUAGAUAUUACAAGUAAAACAUCAAUUUGUGACAGAAUUUUGUUUUGUACAUGUAUCUCUCACCAUAUUUUUUAUAUAUGGAAAUUGAAAGUUAUAUAAAGGUUUCAAUACAUAAAUAAAGAUUCAAUUCAAUUAA